AUGGAUCACUUCCUUCUCUUACAUAAAUCUCCCUCGUUAUUGUUGUUGAAUAAACCACAGCAUCAACAACGAGCUGCUGAGCCUCCUCUCGGAGCGAGCAGCAACAGUAACCUACAACCAUCAUUGAUUAAAUUUACAAAAGACUCCCAAGAAAAUAACGAAUUUUCAAAUAAUAACCACUCUGAUCAAAUCGAGCAGUCCAACCAAGAAUUGAUAGAAGAGCAUGAUGAUGAUUGGUUUCAAAUUUGUUGCGAUGGCAAAACAUUUACGACAACGAGAGCUACACUGUUAGCUGAGAAAGAUUCCAUGUUCAGUAUCAUGUUUCAAAAGAACUCACCAUUUCAAAAGUUCAACAGAGAUUUGAAUCAUCCUAUGCGACCUUAUGUGGUUUUCAUUGAUCGAAAUCCUCAAUACUUUGAACCAAUUUUGAACUAUUUAAGAAGCGAUGGCGAGAUUUUGAUAAAUCCUAAUGUAAAUAUUUGUGGAGUGUUACUUGAGGCUAAAUAUUGGGGAUUAGGUAAACUUGCAGAAGAAUUAGAAAGAAUGAUUGAACAAAUACAAGCGGAACAGGAAAAGAUAAAACGAAGAGAUGAUUCUGGUUGUGAAUUGACUCGAUCCGAAAUUGUGAAAGCCUUACUGACCUGCCCUUCAGAAAUGAGAGAAACGGUUUUAGAAAAUUGCGACUUUUCUAACGCAAGAAUGUUCAAGGUAGUGAUCAAAAACGCUAAUUGUAAAGAUGUCAACUUUUCUGGAGCUUCCCUUCGAGGAGCUGCAAUCACUUUCUGUGACUUGUAUGGAGCAAACUUUAAAUCAGCAGAUUUAGAAUUGGCAGAUCUCUCCAAUUCAAACCUCAAGAAUGCAGAUUUAAGUGGAGCGAGUAUUAAGGGAGUUGCUCUCAAGAACUGCAUCACCACUAACGUUAAACAUACAAGCGCUAUGGGUGGUGUCAUUCAUUAA